AUGGCCUCCACCGAACAAACCGAGAGCGAGUCCCUCGGCAUCCUGAAGAUUGAUCCUUGGCUUGAACCCUUCAAAGGAGACUUGGUUACUCGCCACAAGACUGCCACUGAUCUGCUUGAGCAACUGGAGCAAAAUGAAGGAGGAAUCAUCAAGUUUUCAGAGGGAUACAAUUACUAUGGCUUUCAAAUCCAGGACAACAACGAUAUAGUCUAUCGUGAGUGGGCACCUAAUGCGACAAUGGUGCAUCUUAUUGGUGACUUCAACAACUGGGAUCGUGGUGCGCACGAGAUGGUCAAGAACCAGUACGGAGUCUUUGAGAUCACCCUUCCUGCCGUCAACGGCCAGCCUGCAAUUCCGCACAACAGUCGCGUGAAAAUUGCGCUCAAUCUGCCAGGCGGUGGAUAUGUCGAUCGCAUUCCAGCGUGGAUCCGGCGGGUGACGCAAGAUCUGGCAGUCUCGCCCGUGUACGACGCGGUGUUUUGGAACCCCCCGCAGAAAUACGAAUGGAAGCAUGACGAUGUGACCCGGGCAGCCAGACACCCCGAGUCUGCGCGAAUUUACGAGGCGCAUGUCGGAAUCUCCACGAGCGAGUUGCGCGUUGGUACUUAUAAUGAGUUUACACGAGACACUCUCCCCCGAAUUCACAAGCUGGGAUACAACGUUAUUCAAUUGAUGGCGAUCAUGGAGCACGCCUACUAUGCAAGUUUUGGAUAUCAGGUCACUUCAUUUUUUGCGGUGUCUUCGCGAUACGGAACUCCCGAAGAACUGAAGCAUUUGAUUGAUGAAGCGCAUAAGCUUGGUAUUACGGUCUUGCUUGAUGUGGUGCACUCGCACGCGUGCAAGAACGUGCUUGACGGACUGAACAUGUUUGACGGAACCGACUAUCAGUAUUUCCAUGGCGGGCCCAAGGGUGUGCACUCUCUUUGGGACUCGAGAUUGUUCAAUUAUGGAAAGUAUGAGGUUCUUCGAUUCCUGUUGUCGAACUUGAGAUUCUUCAUUGAGGAAUACCACUUUGAUGGAUUCCGAUUCGACGGCGUGACAUCUAUGCUGUACACGCAUCACGGUAUUGGUGCAGGGUUCUCAGGAGGAUAUCAUGAGUAUUUUGGAGAUGACAAAGUUGACAAGGAUGCUAUAAAUUACCUGAUUGUGGCAAACUACAUGCUGCACAAGCUGGAUCCAAAUAUCAUUACGAUUGCCGAGGAUGUCUCGGGAAUGCCAGGACUGUGCGUUGGUUUUGACCUCGGCGGUGUCGGAUUUGAUUACCGAUUGGCUAUGGCAUUGCCGGAUAUGUGGAUCAAGCUGCUGAAGGAAGUCAAGGACGAUGACUGGGAGAUGGGAAAGAUCGUGCACGAGCUGACUAACCGACGGUACAAGGAGAAGACGGUUGCCUAUGCGGAGAGCCAUGACCAGGCUUUAGUAGGAGACAAAACUUUGGCAUUCUGGAUGAUGGACAAGGAGAUGUACACGAACAUGUCAUUGAUUAGUGAGUUGACGCCGGUCGUUGAUCGGGGCAUGGCGCUGCACAAGAUGAUCAGGCUUAUUACGCACACGCUCGGCGGAGAGGCGUACUUAAACUUUGAAGGUAAUGAGUUUGGUCAUCCCGAAUGGCUCGAUUUUCCUCGCGAUGGGAACGGGAACUCGUUCUGGUACGCGAGGAGACAGUGGAACGUGCUCGAUGACGAGUUGCUGAGAUACAAGUUUUUGAACGAGUUUGAUGGAGCGAUGCAGCAUACGGAGGAAAAGUACGGGUGGCUGCAUUCAGAUCCGGCGUAUGUUUCCCUAAAGCACGAAGGCGACAAGAUGAUUUCGUUUGAGCGAGCUGGACUUUUGUUUGUAUUCAACUUCAACCCGAGCCAGUCGUUUGUCGACUAUCGCAUCGGUGUGCAGGUUGCGGGCGAGUAUAGGAUUGUGCUCGACAGCGAUGAGGAGCGGUUUGGCGGACAUGCACGUAUCGAUCACGAAAAGUCGCAGUUUUUCACAACGCCCUUGGCGUGGAACGAUCGGGACAACUUUAUACAAGUCUACAUUCCCGCUAGAGUGGCGCUAGUGCUGGCGAAGGUGGGCUGA